AUGACAGCUCUGGAGGUAGUGUGGUACACCUGUGCUCUUGGGGUACAAGGAGCAGAAAAGGGCUGCCGGAGUAGACAUGAGGAACCUAAUGUGGAGGUAAUUACAAGUCUAGGCCAGGGAGUAGUGAGCACCCCCACCGCAGAUCGCGCUGCCUGUUCAGCCUCGGGGGCUUGCUACAGCUUGCACCACGCUACCAUCAAGAGGCGGGCAGCCGAGGAGGCCUGCAGCCUGCGCGGCGGGACUCUCAGCACCGUGCACUCGGGCUCCGAGCUGCCAGCAGUGCUGGCUCUCCUGCGUGCGGGUCCCGGGCCUGGCGGAGGCUCCAAGGACCUUCUGUUCUGGGUGGCUCUGGAGCGUGGCCGUUCCCAGUGUACGCUAGAGAGAGAGCCACUGAGGGGUUUCUCCUGGCUGUCCUCGGACACAGAUGACUCGGAGGACGACACACUGCCGUGGGUGGAGGAACCACAACUUUCCUGCACCGUGCGAAAGUGCGCGGGACUCCAGGUCACCGGGGGAGUGGAGCCUGCAGGCUGGAAGGAGAUGCGCUGUCACCUGCGCGCCGAUGGCUACUUAUGCAAGUAUCAGUUUGAGGCCCUGUGUCCCAUGCCGCGUCCCGGAGCUGCCUCUAACUUGAGUUUCCGAGCGCCUUUCCGGCUGAGCAGCUCCGCGCUGGACUUCAGCCCUCCUGGGACUGAGGUGAGUGUGAUAUGUCCCGACCUCUCUGUCUCCGCCACCUGCAUCCAGGAAGAGACAAGAGCGCGCUGGGACGGGCUUUUCCCUGGGGCCGUGCUCUGCCCUUGCUCUGGGAGGUACCUUCGCGCUGGCAAGUGUGUGGAGCUCCCUGACUGCCUAGACCACUUGGGAGGCUUCGCCUGCGAAUGUACUGCAGGCUUUGAGCUGGGGAAGGACAGACGCUCUUGUGAGGCCAAACGGGAAGGACAGCCAACCAUUCCUGGAACCGAGCUGCCCACCAGGCACGUAUCAGUCACUCCAGCCAGCCCAGUGACAAACAGAACGUUGCCAGGCAAGCUAGGAGAGAAGCCCCAGAUCACUGGACAAGACAGUUUUGCCACAUCUAUUCCUGAGAUUCUUCAGUGAACACAGAGUACCUUACCUACUGUUCAAAAAAUCCCACAAGCCAAGCCAAAAGUCACCGUCACACCAUCAGGAAGCAUGAUCCCCACAUUGAACUACACAUCCCCCUCUGUUUCCCCGACUUUUGACUCCUCCACCGUGGUCUUCAUACUUGUGAGCAUAGCAGUAAUAGUGUUGGUGAUUUUGACCAUGACAGCUGGACUUUUCAAACUCUGUUUCCACAAGAGCCCUUCCUCCAGGACAAGGAAGGAAGCUUUGGACUCACGGGGUGUGGAAAGCAAUGCUGAGGCCACUGCUUUGAGCCCCAAUUCUACACAUUGUACUGACAAUGGGGUAAAGGUUGGGGACUGUGGUCUGCGGGGCCCAGCUGAGGGUGCCUCACUGGCUGGGUCCUCUCUUGGCUCAGGGGACACCUAGGUAAACAAC